AUGGGGUUCAACAGUUGGAAUGGGUACCAUUGCAACAUUGACGAAAACAUUGUGAAGAGCAUGGCAACAGCCAUGCUCAACAACGGCAUGGCUAAUGCUGGCUACAGCUAUGUAAACAUUGAUGACUGCUGGCAGGUGGCACGCGAGUUUGAUAACCAAAGCAUUGUUGCCGACCCGGUGCGCUUCCCCUCGGGAAUGGCCCAGCUGGCGGAGGACAUCCAUGCCAUGGGCAUGAAGUUUGGCGUUUACACGGCACGCGGGUCUGGGACCUGCCAGGGGCGCCCUGGUAGUCUGAACCAUGAAGUGAUUGAUGCUCAAACAUAUUGCGACUGGGACCUCGACUACAUCAAGGCCAACCUCUGGCGCACGCACGGCGAUAUCCAAGCCAACUUUGGUAGUGUACUGGCCAACAUCUAUGCCAACGAUGUCAUGGCCAGCGUUGCCAAGCCUGGUCACUUCAAUGACCCCGACAUGCUGCAAGUGGGCAACCCCGGUCUCAGUGACGAUGAAGGCUUGACCCACUUUGCUCUCUGGUGCAUUGCUUCAGCCCCGCUGCUUGCAGGCACAGAUCUGAUUCAUGCCAGCAACACCACACUAGCCAUUCUGACGGCCCCGGAGCUGAUUGCCGUCAACCAGGACCUUGGGUACAACAAUCAAAUCCAGGGGCGCAACGUCAAGCUGAGCGGCAUGUCAGACGAUACGGUGUCGUUCUGGGUUAAGCGCCUUGCCAGCGGAGACUACGCGAUUGUCGUGGUCAACGAAGGCAGCGCUCCUGCUUCGAAUGUGAAAAUUCCGUUUACUGAUUUGGGGCUUUCCGCUGGCCCUUAUGCGCUGCGGGACCUUUGGCGCCAAACAGAUGUGGGCCAGUUUUCAGACUCCUACACCAUUGCCAGCAUCAACUCCCACGCCAGCUUCUCCUUCAAGCUAACCAGCGCCAAUUGA